AUGAAAGCGAUCAUCCAAAGAGUUACCAGGGCAUCUGUGACAGUGGGAGGCGAAACGAUCAGUUCAAUCGGUCAGGGACUGUGUGUGCUACUCGGAAUAUCUGUUGAGGACACCCACACAGACGCAGAGUACAUAGUACGCAAGAUCCUGAACCUGCGGCUGUUUGAAGAUGAGAACGGUCGAGCAUGGAGUAAAAGUGUCAUGGACCGGGACUAUGAGGUGCUAUGUGUGAGCCAGUUUACACUCCAGUGCAUACUAAAGGGCAACAAGCCAGACUUCCACUCGGCCAUGCCUGCAGAGUUGUCCCAACCUUUCUACGCCAGCAUCCUGGAGAACAUGAGGAGUGCCUACAAGCCUGAGCUGGUUAAAGAUGGAAAGUUUGGGGCCUCCAUGCAGGUACAUGUUCAAAAUGAUGGUCCAGUUACCAUUGAACUGACGUCACCGUGUGUUUCUUCAGACCCCCGACAGUUGUCCAAGCUGGAGAAGCAGCAGCAAAGGAAAGAAAAGGCCCGCUCCAAGGUACCCUCCGAGUCAAGCAGAGAGAAAAGUGCCCUUCGUGCCCGACAGGACACUAAUGCGAGUAGUGGGGCAGAGGGUGACGUGUCUUCAGAAAGAGAGCCCUAG